AAUUCAAUGGACUCCAAAACAAGCGUUUGACCACAAAUUUCAGCCCAUUUUCACUCUCCCACCCCCAGCUGACAGCCUGACACCCCAAUCUUUGCGCUAUUACGCGGCCUGGCCAUUCCACCGGAAGCGAGAGAAACAAAGCAGUUCAGUUUGACAAGUCAGCCCCCCCUGGUAGUAUCAAACACCAAAAAAAUUGAAACAUCCACACAACCCCUCCGGGAAUACACCAAAAAAGGAAGCAAAAAAAAAAAAAAUGCCAGGCAAGACGUACAUUGUCGAGCAUCUCGACCCCGAGCUGGGCCCCUGGUCCGAACUCGAGUACAUCGCCAUCGCCAGAGAAACCCACGCCGCCGAGGGCACCUUUCUCCUCUCCUCCUUGCCGGCCGGCUUCGUCGCCCCGGACAAGCUGCAGCAGGUCCCGGCCUUCAAGGCCGAGAACCGGGGCGUCGAGGAGCUCUACGCCGCCGACAAGUCCCGCGUGUGCCUGCUCGACCCCUCCGCCGCCAGCGACCUGAGCCCCGAGGACGGCGAAAAAUUCGACGCCUUCCUUUUUGGUGGCAUUUUGGGCGAUGACCCCCCAAGAGACCGCACCUCCGAGUUGAGGAAGAAGGGUUUCGAAGGCAGGCGCCUGGGUCCCACCCAGAUGACGACUGACACGGCAGUCCGCGUCACGAGAAUCGUCGUCGAGGAGAAGACACCGCUCGAUAAGAUUCCUUACGUCACAUAUCCCGAGCUCAAGUUCAGUGAGCACGAGAGCACCGAGAUGCCCUUCAAGUACGUCACGGACAAGGACGGUCAGCCCAUUAUGCCAGAGGGCAUGGUUGAUCUAAUCAAGAAGGAUGCCGAUAAGGCGAUUGAUGACCUCUUUUAAGAUACCACACUGCCAAUUGAACCUCAAUGACCGGCAUGAAAAUUUUGCGUUCGGAUCUUUUUGCGUCACACGUUCGCACGUCUUUACCAGACCUUCGGGAACUCGGUCAUGCUUGAAGUCUCACUCACUCACUUACUCACUCACUCAGGCCGGCCGGCAUUGGGUCAAUAUCUCAGAUCGGUUACGGUGAGCCUAUCUCACAUCU